AGAAGAGAUAGAAAGGAAAGUAGGGUAAUGCAGCAAAGAGGGAAAGGCAACAACCGAAGAUCGAGGAGUUUCUCAAGGUCUCGUCUCGCCAUUGAAGGCACUUAGCCAUCACAACACUUUCUUCUCUUUGUUGUUCUCUUUUGCUCUCUGUUCCUUCAACAAUGGCUCCAGGAAAUGGAAAUGGAAAUGGUGUGAAUGAGCGUGACAUUCAGAAAUCGUACUGGGUUCAACAUUCCGCUGAUUUGUCCGUUGAGGCAAUGAUGCUCGAUUCCAAAGCCGCUCAUCUCGACAAGGAAGAGAGACCCGAGGUACUUUCUCUAUUACCUCCAUGCGAAGGCAAGUCCGUUAUAGAGCUAGGAGCAGGUAUCGGAAGAUUUACUGGUGAAUUGGCUCAGAAAGCUGGUCAGUUGCUUGCUGUGGACUUCAUUGAGAGUGCAGUCAAGAAGAAUGAAAGCAUCAAUGGACACCACAAGAAUGUCAAAUUUCUCUGUGCUGAUGUCACAUCUCCAAACAUGUCUAAUAGUGUUUCCGAAGGAUCAGUUGAUCUGAUUUUCUCGAAUUGGUUACUCAUGUAUCUUUCGGAUAAUGAGGUUGAAAAAUUGGCUGAAAGGAUGAUCAAAUGGUUAAAAGAUGGUGGGUAUAUAUUCUUCAGAGAAUCUUGUUUCCAUCAAUCUGGAGAUUCAAAGAGAAAACACAACCCUACUCACUACAGGGAACCUAGAUUUUACACUAAGGUUUUUAAAGAGUGCCAAAUGAGUGAUGAUAUGGGAAAUUCUUUUGAGCUGUCUCUCAUUGGCUGUAAAUGCAUUGGAGCUUAUGUCAGAAACAAGAAGAAUCAAAACCAGGUCUGCUGGUUAUGGCAAAAAGUUAAGUCCGAAGGCGAUAGGGGUUUCCAACGUUUCUUGGAUGGAGUUGAAUACAGUCAUAAGAGUAUUUUACGAUAUGAACAGAUGUAUGGCCCAGGCUUUGUGAGCACCGGUGGACUUGAAACGACUAAGGAAAUUGUGUCAAAGCUAGGACUAAAGCCUGGUCAGAAAGUUCUGGAUGUUGGUUGUGGUGUUGGGGGUGGUGAUUUCUACAUGGCAGGACAUUUUGAUGUUGAGGUUGUUGGUAUUGACCUCUCCAUAAAUAUGAUAUCCCUUGCCAUCGAACGGGCUAUCGGACUGAACUAUGCUGUUGAAUUUGAUUGCGCGGAUUGCUUUAAAAAGUCGUAUCCUGACAAUACAUUUGAUGUAAUCUACACUCGUGACACCAUGUUACAUGUCAAAGAUAAACCAACAUUAUUCAGAUCAUUUUACAAAUGGUUGAAACCUGGAGGAAAAAUCCUGAUAACCGAUUAUUGCAAAAGUACUCGAAGUCCGUCUUCAGAAUUUGCUGAGUACAUUAAAAAAGGAGGAUAUUAUCUCCACGACAUGACGACGUAUGGGAAGAUGCUGGAGGAUGCUGGAUUUGAUGAUCUCAUUGUUGAAGAUCAAACUGAUCAGUUCGUGAAAACACUAGAGAAGGAGUUAGAUGCCCUUGAGAAGAAGAAGGAGGAUUUCAUUCGUGAGUUCGGCGAGGAUGACUACAAUGAAAUUGUGGAAAGAUGGAAGGCAAAGCAGAGCAGGGGUGCAUCUAAAGAGCAGAUGUGGGGCUUGUUCAUUGCCAAGAAAAUAUGACAUGUUCUAUUGUGACUCUAGUUUUCCAUGUAAUUUGACUUUUUAUGUCAUUGUUGGUUUAAAAUCCAGAGCUUUAGGAUGAUAACUUGGCAUUGGUUUCAGUAAUUCGUGAAUCUGCUACAAUGAUUGAUCCCAUUUUAUUUGGAUAAUUUUUGAGCGUGAAGAUGUUGGAGAAUAUAA